UCAUCGGCAUUUUUACAUUUUUCACAAACGUUUCUCUUCGAGCUGUGGUUUGACGUCUCAGAUAGUGUUUGUAGCGCUUUAAAAUAGGCUAAAUAUGGCUUUAAAAAUGUUCCAGGCACAGAUAAAGCUUUUGCGUUUUUUGUUCUUACUUAUUGUUAUCUACGGUGAAGUGGAACAUGUGUAUGGAGUCUGGCCAAUGCCACAGCAAAUUACCCAGUCCACGGAGCGAUACCUUUUAAAUCCUCGGGUAUUCGCUCUUAGCUACGCGAAUGAUUCAAUGGCACAAAGUGGAUGUUCUGUCCUGGAUGUUGCUUUCAAAAGAUACUUCAAACUUAUUUUCCCUGACUUUGCACAUGGAACAGGGGGACCGGGAUUCACUAACAUUUGGUCUGAACCAGAACCCUUCACAUUGGUAGUAAGUGUCAGAACAGGUGGAUGUGAGGGUUACCCUGAUGAGGGCUCAAAUGAAAGCUAUAACUUGACAGUGUCUGCACGUCAAGCAGCCUUAAGAGCAGAGUCAGUGUGGGGUGCUCUGAGAGGCCUGGAAUCCUUCAGUCAGCUAGUGUACCAGGAUGAUUCCAGUGCUUAUUUUGUCAAUAAGACUGAAAUUGAAGAUUACCCACGCUUCCAGUUUAGAGGUCUUUUGCUUGACACUUCAAGGCACUACUUGCCUGUGAAUUCUAUUCUCAGUACUCUGGAUGCCAUGGCCUAUAGUAAAUUUAAUGUGUUUCACUGGCACAUUGUGGAUGAUCCUUCUUUUCCUUACCAGAGCUCCACUUAUCCUGACCUCAGCAACAAGGGAGCCUUCCACCCAAUGACCCACAUUUACACACAGUCAGACGUGAGACGGGUGAUUGCUCAUGCAAGACUGAGAGGAAUUAGAGUAUUGCCAGAAUUUGAUUCUCCAGGACACACACUAUCAUGGGGUAAAGGGCAGCCAGAUUUUCUUACUCCCUGCUACAAGGGUGAUGUUCCCUCUGGAUCGUUUGGGCCCCUCAACCCAACUCUGAGCUCCAGCUACCAGUUUAUGAGUGACCUCUUUAAAGAGGUGACAUCUGUCUUUCAUGACUCCCAUGUACACCUGGGAGGAGAUGAAGUUGAUUUCACUUGCUGGAAGUCAAACCCUAAGGUGCAGGCAUUCAUGGCAAAGAUGGGCUUUGGGAGUGAUUACACCAAACUAGAGUCAUAUUACAUGGAAAACAUUCUGAACAUAACAGCUGCCCUCAACAAGAUCUCCAUUGUUUGGCAGGAUGUGUUUGACUACCAUGAGCAUAUCCCCAAGGACACAGUUCUGGAAAUCUGGAGGGGAACCCCUGCAGAGAUCCGUGCUGAGCUUGGCAGGAUCACCCUGGCUGGGCACAGGGUGCUGCUCUCUGCUCCCUGGUACCUCAACCACAUCAGCUAUGGCCAGGACUGGCGCAAUGCCUACACCGUGCAGCCUCAGAACUUCUCCGGCACCGAACAGCAGAAGGAGCUGGUGAUUGGUGGGGAGGUCUGCAUGUGGGGAGAGUAUGUGGAUGCCACCAACCUUGUUUCGCGCCUAUGGCCCAGAGCAUGUGCAGCUGCUGAGAGGUUAUGGAGUAAUGAGAAGAAAACCUCGAGUGUGGAACGGGCCUUCCCUCGACUAAAGGACUUCCGAUGUACUCUGGUCAGACGUGGAAUCCAAGCGGAACCUCUUUUUUUUGGCCACUGCAAACAUGAGUAUAGUGGUCUAUAGAGCAAAGAGGCAGGAGUGAAAAUUAUUACACACAUGCUUGUGGAUAUAAAAUAUAUAUAUAUAUUCUUAAUUGCUUUAUGUUAUUUUUUUCCUCCAAUGCUACAAGACACUAGAAGAACUGACUUUAAAUAAAUAUGAAUUCCCUAGAAAAAUGUGUCAUGGCUUUAUAAAAUCAUCAAAGAAAGGGACUUUUAUUUAAUAGUAAAAUGAGAAAGAGGCUAAA